CGCUACAUCGACAUAUAUUAUUGAUACGUCAGCCUUCUCCCGGUUAUUAGAUACUCGACAAUGGCUCGAAUUGGUGACACCAGAGAGCAAUCGUCUCGUGGGUCCACACGCUCACCAGACCCGUAUCCUGAAAAUCCGGGUUGGGACUUCUCACCACCUCGAAGCCCCCGCCGGCCUCGUCAAGCUGCUUUGAGUAGCGUUUACGACGGGACUCAUUCCAACGCCGGGAUCCCAAAAUUUCCUGCUUUUUCCGAACCAGAGCUUGCUCUUAACCCCCAGCGCACGAACUCUGGCAUAUCUACGACCGUUCCUGCACACGGACACAACGAAAGGACAGACCUCUCCCGGAUUGCUCGACCAUUUCGACAAGAUGUACCGGCCCACUCGCACUCUCACUCUCAUUCUCAUUCUCAUUCGCACGCCCAUGGUAGUUGCUGCUCAGGACCCCCUUGCCAUAAUGAUGAUCAUUUGCUAAAGGAACUAGAUGCGGAGAAUCAAGUCAGCGACGGGAUUAGUGAUCUCGACGUCGAAAAAGGUCCUGCAGACUAUCAGCGAUUCGUGCUGAACAUCGAUGGACUGAAAUGCGGAUGCUGCGAGACUAGCAUAACAAAGGCCGUAAACCGCAUCUCAGCGAUCCGCAAUCACCAAGUUAAUGUCGUAAUGGCUAGACUUGAGUUUGACCUAGAUGUCAAUCGAACAUCUAUAGACAACGUUCUGAAGAAACUCAACACAGCAACGGGAUACUCCUUCGAACAGAAUAGCAGACCUAAGGACCAAGUUCUCGAGCUACUCCAUACCGAUACUCAUGUUUUCUAUCGCGAGGUCCGACCUAGGGGCAUUACAACGAUCGAGCUUCCGGAACCACACAAACAAUUUUGGAGCUCGUCCUGGUACUGGACCAAGUCGAGUUUGGCACUACACGAGAUGCUGGCAACAAAUCCGCGAAGAUUGACUCCAAAGUUUGUUGUCGACAAAUGUAUAACGGCUACUCGACAGCCUCAAUUAGCACGUAUCCACUACGAUGCAAAAGUUAUUGGCGCUCGCGAGAUAUACGAUUUAUACCAUCAGAAAAACGAAGAAUUGACACUGGCCCCUCCACCAGCCCACUCGAGCCUAGAGCUUGGCGCGAAACAGACGAAACGAGCGCUGUAUCUGUUCCUACCCGCAUUGGCUUUCACAAUCCCGGUCCUUGUUCUGGCAUGGGCUCCCAUCGACCAUAGCAAGUUUGUGUACGCUCACAUCUCGAUAGCGCUGGCUUCUAUCGUCCAGAUCAUUGCUUGGUUUGAGUUUCUCCCUAGUGCUCUAAGGUCAUUGUGGUACUCUCGAGUGCUUGAUAUGGACUUCCUGAUCUCGCUCAGUACCAUGACUGCGUACACUUUCAGUGUCGUAUGCUAUGCCUACCAGGUUGUGGGAAAGCCUCUGGAUACACAGUCCUUCUUCGAGACAUCCACUCUGUUGGUCACCCUGAUCCUCCUGGGCCGAGUCAUCAACGAGUUCGCCCGUCACCGAGCUGCGAAGGCUGUCUCGUUCCGCUCUUUGCAGAUCGAAAAAGCACUUCUUGUCGAGUGGAGUCAUGAGCGGAAGGUGGACCCUCCUACGCGGGAGAUCGAUGCACGCCUACUACAGUAUGGCGAUAGCUUCAAGGUUCUCCCACAUACUCGGAUCGUCACAGAUGGGAUCGUUUGUUAUGGCGGCUCAGAAGUCAAUGAAUCUAUGAUCACCGGCGAGCCAAUACCGGUCGCAAAAGGUGUGCAUUCUCACGUUUAUGCGGGCACCAUGAAUGGGAGCGGAACGCUUAUUGUAAUUCUGAGGGCUUUACCGCACGAGAACACCGUUCACAAAAUCGCAACGAUGGUCGAGGGUGCUGAACUGACCAAACCGAAGAUACAAGCACUCGCUGACCGCAUAGCUGGCUGGUUUGUGCCUGCUAUCGCAGUCACUGGCUCGCUUGUCUUCCUAAUCUGGCUUCUCAUUGAUCGAUUUCGCAACAGGCGAGGCUGGUCUGACGCCGUUGUCAGAGCAAUUACCUAUGCCAUCGCCACACUUAUCGUCUCUUGUCCAUGCGCUAUUGGUCUCGCGGUACCAAUGGUCGUUCUAAUCGCUGGUGGUGUCGCAGCACGGUACGGGAUCAUCUUCAGGGAUCCACAAAAGCUUGAAGUAGCCCGCAAUGUCACAGACGUGGUCUUUGACAAGACUGGAACGCUUACCACUGGUCACUUUUCGGUCGUCAGUGAGCAGUAUUAUGGGCAGCUGGAGCCGACUACGAUCAAGUGCAUCUUGCUCGGCCUUCUUAAAGACAACAAACAUCCCAUCUCACUUGGCGUGCAUGGCCAUCUCUCUAAAGAAUCUCGCAUGAGUACAGAUCCUGAUCUCAUACCCGCAGCGAUACACAACAUCUCAAGUGUACCGGGUGAAGGCAUCAUAGGCUUCACGCAGCCUGAAAAUCACGAGAUACGUGCUGGAAAUCCCGAGUGGCUCUCUGUUCACGUCGAAGAAACAAAUUACAGUCAUCUCUGCGUCACAAUCGGAGGUCAGCUUUCUGUCGUUUUCAAACUGCGUGACACGCCAAAACGAAAUGCCGGAAGGGUUAUUGACAUGUUGCAAAGACGGCACAUCACGGUGCACAUGAUUAGCGGCGACUCGCAAGGCUCUGUUGAUGCCGCAGCACAUGAGUUGAAUAUUCCGAAGCGAUACACCAAAUCUAGAUGUAGACCAGAGGGAAAACAGACCUACAUCCAGGACUUACAGGAAAAUCGGUGGAAAGGAAAGCACAGCGUUGUUCUCUUCGUUGGUGACGGGACAAAUGAUUCGGUCGCUCUCAAACAGGCAGACGUUGGCGCUCACAUGCACUCUACUCAUGCAUCUUCCGACGUCGCGAAGCAAGCCGCGGAUGUGGUGCUGAUGACCGAGCGGCUUGCUGAUGUCCUUAUACUUCUUGACAUCUCGAGAGGAGCAUACAGACGUAUCAUCGCCAACUUCGUUUGGAGUGCAGUGUACAACGUAGGUGCUAUCCUACUAGCUGCGGGUGCAUUCUCGAGGAUCAAGAAGGGUGGGCAUCCAGUCAGCAUCCCAGCGCAGUGGGCGGGCCUUGGUGAGCUGGUGAGCGUGUUGCCAGUUGUUGGGGUCGCGUUUUCAAUGAGAUGGAGAAACUAUGGAGGGAGGUUCAAGGAUAUCGACUACGAUGCAGUGAGGAAGGUGACGAAUCCGGAGAGGAAGAACAGGAAAACAGAUGGAUCGAGGUGAUGUAAAGUGCGAGUGUUCGUCGGUAAUGGGCUAAG